AUGGAAACGAAGACGAUGAGACGGCGGCGGCUGCUUGUAUUCCUGGCCGCAACAUGGAUUGAAGAGAUCGAGGCAUCAUUUGUGGUGUCUCGUCUGGUAAAGGACAAUGCAAUGGUUCCAAUCUUGGGAAGGAGUCGCGAUAGGGCACGAGCGCGACAGUUUAGCAAAUCGAGGCACCCGAUACCCUUCGCCUGUGCGGCUUAUACUUUUGUGUCAAACUCGCAAGCCCAGGUUAGCUCCAGAUCGGCAUCUGCUCGCACUCCGUUGGAGGAUUAUGAAGAUGACUUGGAAAGUGAGGAAUACUACCUGGACGAUGAGUUUGUGGAAAGUGAUUCUGGAGAAUUGGGCAAAGAGUUUGAGGAUGGCUCUGUCGGCAGCGCCAAAGACAUGAAGGCUGAGGAACAAAUGUUGCUAGAUUUCUCGAUUGAUUCUUUUCUGCGGGGAGAGUAUGAUGGCGAGUUUGCGGAUGAUGCUCCUGCUCCUCACCCUGGGUUGAAACCCCAAGCCACUGUAGAAGCAGCCUUGCAAUCUCUUCGUAAACUAGAUGAACCCGAGAAGUUCCAUGGCGCAGCCAUCCUUCAAAGAUUUUUGGUUCCGCUGACCCGGUUUGAAAGAUGGGGUGAUUCGUCCUCCUCGCUUUCAUCUCGAGAUGCCUCGUCAGGUCCGUCAGGCUGGAAAGAAGUCCUUCGUGGGGCCAUCACACCAGCUAUGUUGGGUCGGAGGCUCCGAGCUUCGCCCUUCUCUUGUCUGUUGGAUUGGGAACGCUUGGAUGUAACAGAGGGUGCCUAUUCCAUGCAGCGCGAUGAUGGUAUCGAAAUCGGAGUCCCAAGCACUGUAGCUUUCGUGAAUGCAGCACUGUACUUCGGCGAAGGCUUAGAACCCAUUCUCGUGCAGUUCCAACUGAGAAAAAUACACGGUGUUUGGCUGAUCGAUACUGCUAGCAUCAACCAAAAGGGACUCUUUGUAGAAAAUGGAGAAGUGGAAGAUGAAUGA